AUGUUAAUAAUUAAAGAUUAUUUUUACUAUAUUUUUAUUUUAUUUACGUUUAUUGUCUUGGGAUAUUGUCGUCUAAAUAUUAAUAGAAGUAUUAACAAUACACAUACAGAAGUUUUCACAAAUGUUGAAAAUAUUCUAUAUAAAAAUGUUUCAAUUUUUUGUUUAAUAUUAACUGGUCCACAAUAUAGAAAAUCUCGUGUUUCAUAUCAAAAAAGAACAUGGAUAAAAGGAUGUAACUCAUAUAUGUAUAUUUCAUCUGUUUAUGAUAAAACAUUACCUUCAAUUGCAUUAAAAAUGAAAGAAGGAAGAAAUAAUUUAUGGGGAAAAAUAAAAUUUGGAUUAAAAUAUGUUUUUAAUAAUUAUUAUAGAAAACCAUAUGAUUGGUUCUUGAUUGCUGAUGAUGAUACAUAUAUAUCAAUGACUAAUUUAAGAUUUUUAUUGAUCACAAAAAAUACUAGUCUUCCAUAUCAUCAUGGAUACAAAGUUAGAUGGCGUCAUGGAGAUGGUAGAGUUGUACAGUAUGUUCAUGGUGGUGGUGGUGAUGUUUUAAGUAGAGAAUCAUUUAAACGAUUAAUAAGAUAUUCUUUAAAUAAUCCAAAAAAAUGUAAUCAAAAAGGAAAUGGUGCUGGUGAUUUUGAACUUGCAUAUUGUCUUACAAAUGUUGGUGUAAAUGUUAAUGAUGGAAUUGAUUUUUUAAAUCGUCCAAGAUUUAAUCCAUCUAAUCCGUUAAUGAAUCUUGCAUCAACAUAUAAUCAUAAAUUUGACAAAACAUUAUAUAGAUUAAGUGAAGGGCGUUCUAAACAUGGUAUACGUCAUAUGUCGGAUUAUCCUAUAUCAUAUCAUUAUCUUCCAGGAGAAAUGAUGCUUACACUACACUAUUUAUUAAAUAUUGUAAAUGUUAUAGGAAAAAUGAAUUCAUUAUCAAAAAAAAUAUCAACAAAAAAAUGUACUAAACAAAUAUUUAUAAAUGAAUCCUUAGUUUAUCUUCAUUAUUCAGGAAGCAAAGCAUAUAUAAAUUAA